AUGGGCGCUUGUGUAAAUGAAGAUGCAAAUUUCAUGGCGCCUCAACAAGUUGUUAAUUAUGAAGAUGUCGAGAAAAAUUCUGAUACACUUAAAUAUAAUAGAAGAUAUUGUGCAAUGUUUCAAAAGAAAAUUAAAUGUGCAUUUCAAAGUUGGGAUCUAUAUGAAAAUCCCGGCCUACCAAAUGGUAAAAGACAACCCUGGACUGUGAAAACUUCAUCGCAGACUGAGAGUCCGAGAUUUGUUAUUAUAGCUUUUCAAGUGGUUAGAAAAAACAAAAUAAACAAAGAUAGUAGUAGAUUUGACCAUUGUUCGUUAUCAUCUCUAAAAGUAUACUUGAAUUCGGAAUCGUACCCCAAUGACAACUUGCGAAUGGACUUUCCAAAUGAUAAGUAUGCUGUACCAUAUCACAUGUACACUCGAUUCCAAGAGACGUUCUAUGAAAAGGAGAUGGCGUGUCCUAUGCUGACAAAAACAGAAUUCAAGACAACUGCACCACUCAUUGUCAUUGACUGUUCAAGGCAAAACAAAAAAUUAAAAAAUGCGCCAAUAAAUAUUAGAUUAGAAUUUGAAUCUGAUGAAAAUUUUCCGACCAACACUACAGCAUAUUGCUUAAUUGUACACGACAAAAUGUUUGAAUAUAAUCCUAUGACUAAUGAAGUUCAUAAAAUAUUAUAA